CGUGAUGUUAUGUUCAGUUGCCCGUCGUGUUUUCGUGAAGUUGUGUGGUGCAUAAGUCUUCCAAAACAAGUGCUAUUUUUUAACAAUUCCUUUAUCGUACAUGAGUUUGAGAAAAUGCCGCCAAUGACAAAGCUUGUCAACGGAUUUUGGGGUCCUCCAACGUCAACUCUGGACUGGUGUGAAGAAAACUACGCCGUUUCUCAAUUCGUGGCCGAAUUUUGGAACACCAUCAGUAACUGGAUAAUGAUAGUACCUCCCCUUCUUGGGGCAAUACUUACCUGGCAGACACGACACGAAACACGCUACAUGUUGGCCUUCCUCUCACUAUUCGUGGUUGGUGUUGGUUCGUUUUCAUUUCAUGCAACUCUUCUCUACCACAUGCAGCUUUUGGAUGAGCUACCCAUGAUAUAUUGUACCUGUGUGUUUUUGUUUUGCAUCUUUGAGUGUGCUUCUCAACCUGGCCACACAAACAUCAGGCUUAUUUUCUCCCUCACUGCAUGCAGUAUGCUUAUAACAAUUGUCUAUCUCACAUUUGUGAACCCUUUAGUCUUCCAGUGGGCUUACGGUAUACUGGCAGGGUCAUUAACACUCCUGGCUCUUUAUAAGUUAAGACAGCACAGGGGGUCGAGAAAGCUGCUUAUGAUUUCCAUUAUAAGCUAUGGCUCGGGAUUUAUUCUUUGGAACUUUGAGAAUAAUUUCUGCCCAACAGUAAGGGAUCUUCGAACCAAAUCAAUUAUCCCUUUACAACCACUCACUCAACUGCAUGCGAUCUGGCACCUCCUGGCUGGCAUAGGCUCCUACUACCAUAUUCUCUACAGCUUUGAUCUGAGGAUGCGUUGUCGGGGCAAGCAUACAACAGUAAAGUUGAUGUGGGACUGGUUGCCGUACAUCCACCUGACCAAUGCAAAGCUAAAAUCAGACAUGACUUUGGUCCACAAGAAGGGUGGAAUUUCAUCUUCGACGUCCUCCCUGUUCCAGCUGUUAUUUGCCGCUGACUAUAGUAACAAUAACACUAGAGGGCAGUAGGUUAAAAGGGACUAAGGAACAAGUUGACAGCGGUUAACUCUACAACCCGCAAUUUGAGAAAAGUAAGAAGUCAGCCUAAAUAAUAUCACAUUAGUUUUUACGGUUCUCUGGUCACGGCCUUGAUCAAUAAAAAAAAUCAAAGAAUUUCAAACAUUCGUGGAAAACUAGAACUCCAUGUGUAAACUAAACCUGCAACUUAUGAUGUAGUUCCCUCGACUCGAAUAGCAAAGGAAUCAAUCUGCACUAUACGCAAAACGCCAUUAAUAAAAGUAGGAAAAUGGUAGUACUUACUCUUAUUAGGUAAGGAUCGAAAUGAAGUUGUGCAAAAAUGUGAUUAUAAUUUGCUUUACAAUUAGCUCUCCUUUUCGAGGUUUUGUUGUGAAACAAUGAGAGCCAAUAAUGUGUGACAUAUUUUAAUGUUUUCUAAAUAUUUAACAGUAGCAGUUUUUUUUAUAAAGCAGCUAGGCUGAUCAAAAAAGAUCUAGUAUAUAAUAUUAUAAUUGGUAAAGCUGGGUUAUUGGUUUUAUCGAUACGGAGUUUUGUAAACAUAGGUAUUUAAUUAUAAUGCAGUAUCAAUGA